AUGACCUUGAAAAUUAUAAUUUUCGAAAUCGUCGAUUCAAAGAAUCUGGAAUUACAGAGCCAGUAUGCAAAAAAAGAACAGAUUUUCCAGGCCUCCACCCAGCACUCCCCGGCCAUCUCGUGCCCCCGGGAUCAUAUGUCCCCAAUGACAGGAAUUCAAAACUUUCUCGGAUCAUUCAUAUCUGGAAACGUGCAAAAUGAGGAAUCAUCCUCUACUUCUUCCCCGGACAUUGAAAACGCAACUGGAGAGUUCAGCGAGAUUCGAAAAGACAAGAACGAGACACCCGAGAACUAUACGUUAGUCAUCAAAGAGCAAAAAAAGAGAGGGCAUGAGGAUUUGGAAAAAGAAGAGACCCAUGGAAUUCGAUAUGAAAAAUUGAAGAAAGCAAAAAGACAGGAGCCUCAAUUCAUGUGCUGUUCUGAAAAUCCCGAUCUCACCUACUCGAACUUCAACCACCAAUGCACUUCUGGAGCCCCAGAUUGCCGUAUCCGUCCCAACGACAUCUACUGGGUCCCUAGAAAGCAACAAGGAGAAUUCCAGGAGGCAGUUUGUACCACAUGCUUCAAGGAAAUGGGAAAUAAGGAUGGCUGGAAACAAGAAAAAAAUAUCAAUGACAGAAUUGAAGAAGUCUUCAAGUGCCAAGAAUGCUCUGGACUCUGGCAUCAGUGUUGCUCAUUUUUCUACGGAGAGCCUGAGCAGUUUCUGUGCAGGACUUGUGCUCCAGAAGCCUUCAAAUUGAUGCUAGAUGCCUCUGGAUCUUCCCCAGACUCAAAUUUCAUCGAGGAAAGGAUCAAUGGAUUUUUGGAGGAGGCUCUGGAAGAAGACCAGGAAUUCCAGAAAAUUUCAGUGCGCACUUUUUACAGUGCCGAUGACUCCGUAAAGACUGGAGACUUGGCUCCACCCUCCUGGAAGUCAAAAUUCAUUGCCAAGUAUGGGACGGUCAUCAAAUUCGCCUCACGCGCAAUCCACGUCUUCCAGAGGCAAAAUAACGUAGAUCAAAUCGUCUUCUCAAUUUUCGCAUCUGAAUACCGUAACCUUAGGAAGACAUGGAUGGUAAUUGACUGUCUGGAUAGCAUCAAGAUGUUCGAGCCAGUCUCCCUCAGGACUAAAGUCUAUCAGGAGUUGGUUUUGAUCUACUUCGAUUUGGCAAGAAAUAUCGGACUAUCUCAUAGCUACCUCUGGGCGGAUCCUCCGAUCCAAGGGGACAACUACAUUUUCCCUGUCAAGCCAGCUAAUCAGCCAUCUCCAACUCCAACGAUGCUCGAAAACUGGUACCUUACAGUGAUGGAGAAGGGGAAAUCCAACGGCAUUGUCAAGGAAUUCAGAAGCUUCGCUGAAGAGAAGGAGUUGAAGAAAUUCAAAAAGCCAACCGAGAUUCCGAUCUUCCAUAAUAGUCUCUGGUCAUCUUUGAUGGCUGUUUAUGAUGUGGUUGGAAAGCCUCAGAAGCUUUGGAAAUCGCUGUCGGCGGAGUGGGAGAGUCAUGGAUCGGAUAACUGGUUUAUUGAGUUCAAUGAGGUUGAGAAGGAUGAGCAAUCGGAGGGGAUGUGUCAGGAGAGACUUCAUGAGAUUCUUUUGAAAAAGGAAGAGUUGCAGUACCACUGCAUGGAGAAUAGUUGGCAAUUUGGGAAUCCGAGAAGAGCCAGAUAUGCGUCAGUUGGAUUGAUUAAUUUGAUGUAG